AUGUAUCUUCCUCUUGCGCCGAUCGGUGUGUACUUUGGCAUGGUCAUGUGGGGAAUUUACUACUGGACGUACAAGUACAUGCUGCUGAGGAGAUGCAAGCGACCCUACGUUCAGUCUGCCUUGCUGCCCGAAACUGCGCUGCAACUGGCCCGUUUCUUUCUGCUCUUCGUGCCGCUGAUGGGCGCGUACCUUCUCCUUCCUUCCUUUGACUCUUCUCUUCACUUCACCAUCAAAAUGAUGAUGGCGGCUGGCCUCUGCGUCGUCGGUUUCUUCCUCAUUCUCCCGGACCCACUCGCGCACAAGCUGUUUGCCACUCACUGGUGCCAGCCGACGAAGGAAAAAACGCUCUGGGAGACACUGACUUACUACGAAGCUCAGCACAUGUUUGUCGACAAAUACCAUCGCACAAAUCCAGUUUACCGCGUCCUCCCCGCAGCUCUAAAUCCAGAAAUUCUUUCUGGGCCGGAAGCGUCGCGACUCUCUCCGCCCCCAAACGCGUCUUUCGACCUCGAGGAAGGAAAAUCGAAACGUCGGAGACACGGGCAGCUCCCCAGCUUCGAUCGAAGCUUCGGUGUGCAGGAAGUGCAGCGUCACUUGCGCGCGACGAUUGCUGCGAACGUGCUGGCUUCCGGGAACUCCGACAACCGUUUUCCUCGCGGCCUUCGCCUGCUUUCGCAAGACGAUCCUCUUUGGGAUCUAUCCGAGCACUUGCCCCCAGAAAUUGGAGACGCUGUGAGGCGGAAAACGACCGUCGGCAUGUCCAACGUUGAGCCGCAGAAACCAGGGGAAGUCGCUCGAAUCAUCUCCAGCGACGUCACAGAGACUUCCUCCCCCCGGAGCGAUCAGCACCGCCGUUCAGAUUCUCUCCAACUUCCCUCUUCAGAGAGACAAAGCGCGCCGAGAUGCCUGCGACUUCUCUCGCGCAUUUUAGAGGCCGAACAUGUGAUGCUCAGAAUCUCCUCCACAGACAGCGCGACGCAGACAGACACCAAGGGAGAAGGCGAGGCUGGAACACAGAGAGAAGCAGAGAGAGCCGGCGGGAGGGCGCCGACUGUAGACAGAGACGCAUUCAGAGAGAACGCAGAGAGAGAAGAAGGAGACUCGACAGUGGGAGAGAACGAGAAGAAAGGUCGAAGACGAGAGAGAGACGGGGAAUGCGACGGGGAAGGACUGAGAGAAUUGAACAAGAAAAGCCGUUCCACUCCGCAUUUGCCGAGACUCCACAGAGUGGCUUUUGGCCCUCUCCCGGAUGGAAGUCGCAAAGCGACAGAAGUCGAGAAGGCAGAAACGCAGUUGAAAGAAAAAGAAACAAGUACAUCUACACUACCUCUGUUGACUUGGCAGAAACAUGCAAACACAACAGACAGAGAAGAAGAGUCGCUCGAUCUCUUCUCCUCCCUCACGUGCUCUGUACAAUCCUCCCUCUCCGACGCGAGUUCCUCAGAGACACACCGCGCUGCUUCUGCCUCAGCUGACCUGGGAGAGGAGACACUUGAAAACGAGUCGAAACAGAUCCCAACAGACUCGCUCUUCCACGUCAACGCAAUCGACAAACACCGUGAGGCGCUCUAG